UGGGAGAUGGCAGCUUCCUCUGGCUCCUGGCUGGCUGGCUACCUCGUCACUCUUGUCUUCCUCCAGCUGCCCUCACACCUGUCAGGGGAUGCCGACAAGUACCACCUGGCCCCGCUGGGAGGCACCGCCGAGCUGCUCUGCCCGCUGUCGCUGUGGCCGCAGGUGGAGCCCAACGAGGUGCGCUGGCUGCGCUCUGCUGGCCCGCAGCGCCUGGGGGCGGUGCACGUGUUCCGGGAUGGCAAGGACCGGGUUGACGAGCUGCUCCCCGAGUUCCAGGGCAGGACGGCACUGAGGAGAAACGCCCAGGAGGGACACGUCGCCCUGCAGAUCCGUGGCGUGCGCCUGGAGGACCGUGGGCCGUACUGGUGCCGUAUCCGGAUCGGGAAUUUGAGCCGAGAGGACACGGUGACCCUGCAGGUGGCAGUUCUAGGCUCUGAUCCUUACAUCCAUGUGAACGGCUACGAUGCUGGGUGGAUCCAGCUGGUGUGCAGGUCGGCGGGCUGGUUCCCUAAGCCUUGGGCCGAGUGGAGGGAUCCACAGGGCCAGAAGCUCCUCUCCCUGGCAGAGGCUCACGCCCCGGACGAAGCGGGGCUCUUCCGCACGGCUGUGUCCAGCAGGAUCAGGGACAGCGUUCUGGGCAACGUGUCCUGUACCGUCCGCAACACAGCCUUGGGCCAAGAGAAGACCACGGCCAUGGUCAUCGCAGCCCCAUCACCAGGGAGGUUGUCCUCCUCAGCCGUGGCUCUCACUGCCAUUCUCCCCAUGCUGACCCUUCUCCUCAUAGCGGCCGUGUGGGUCAUCUGGAAGCAAAGGCGCUCAAAAGAGAAGCUUCUCUAUGAACAGGUGAUGGAGGUGGAAAACCUUCUGUCAGACCAUGCAAAAGAAAAAGGAAAACUCCACAAAGCCCUCAAGAAACUCCGGAAUGAACUGAAAUUAAAAAGAGCUGCAGCCAACUCAGGCUGGAGAAGAGCCCGGUUGCAUUUUGUGGCGGUGACCCUGGACCCAGAGACAGCGCAUCCCAAGCUCCUUCUGUCCGAGGACCGGAGAUGCGUGAGGCUUGGUGACCGGAAGCAGCCGGUGCCCGACAAUCCGCAGAGAUUCGACUUUGUGGUCAGCGUCCUGGGUGCCGAGUGCUUCACGGAGGGCUGUCACUACUGGGAGGUGUACGUGGGUGACAAGACCAAGUGGAUCCUUGGCGUGUGCAGCGAGUCGGUGAGCCGGAAGGGCAAGGUCACCGCCUCGCCCGCCAACGGACACUGGCUGGUGCGGCAGAGCCAAGGGAGCGAGUUUGAGGCGCUCACCUCUCCGCAGACCCCCUUCCGUUUGAAGCAGCCCCCGCGGUGUGUGGGUGUCUUCCUCGAUUACGAAGCCGGAGUAAUCUCCUUCUACAACGUCACGGACCACUCGCACAUCUUCACCUUCACCCAUAGCUUCUCCGGCCCCCUGCGCCCUUUCUUUGAACCUUGUCUCCACGACGGCGGGAGAAACGUGGCGCCUCUGAUCAUCUGCUCUGAGCUAUGGCAGUCGGACGAGCCCCUUGUCUCAAAGCCGGAAGAAAAAGCCCACGCGAAUGGCGACGCGGCUCUGACGCUGAACCCCUCCUUACUUCCUGCUGCCGCCCCGGAGCUGCCCCCACUUGGGGGAAUGGUCCUGCCCUGGCCCUCGGACUUUGGCCCAGCGCUGCAGGGGCUCAAGGCUCCCUCCUUCUAGGGCUGCUCUCUGGGCAGGCCAGCCUGUGCCCUGGACUUGUGAUUGGGCGACAUCUCUUCUCCUUAGACCAAGUUCGAUUGCA